UCAGGGGGAAACACACAACCAGAAGAGCUGCGCUUUAAACCACCAGGGGACUGCACAUCGGAUGAAUAUGUCUCUCACUGAUAUACUCUCUGCUGAAGCCAUUGAAAAUGCCAUUAAGGAGUGUGAAGCCCCAGAUUCCUUCAGUUACAAGAAAUUUUUCCAGCUCAUUGGUCUGACAAAGAAAAGCCCAGAGGAAGUCAGGGAAGUGUUCCACCUCUUAGAUGACAACAACAGUGGGUUUAUUGAGGAAUCAGAACUCAAGUACUUCUUGCAGAGGUUUGUCCCAGGGGCACGGACUCUGACAGAGAAUGAAACUAAAAACUUCAUGUCAGGUUCCGAUGGUAACAGCGAUGGCAAAAUCGGAGUAGAUGAAUUCCAGAGCAUGGUCUUGUCUUAAAAGACUGGAUGAUUCCUCAGUCCUCUACCAGCAGCCAUGUGUGCUGUAAUUUUAUCUGUCCCACUGCUUUUUACAUUUCAAAAGAUUUUUUAGAGACCAACAUGCACUUUUUAUUUCUCUUGUGAAUGUAUGAUUGAUGGUUAAACAUCUGUCAAUGUCCUAAUGCUCGCCCCACUUGACCAAGGACAAAACUGUUUAGGGAAACA